AUGCCCCAGGAAUUCCUGUCUCUGUGGCAGCUGGUGGAGGAGCAUGUGCCACUCCUGGAGAGGCCAGAGGUGAAGAGGAUCCUGGGGGAAUCAGAAGUAGACUUAAAUCUGGAGCUGCGGGCAGAGGUGGCGCUGCUGCGGAAAUUGCUCCAAGAGGCUCGAUCCUCACAAGCCUUGGGGUCCUGUCCCACCUCCAGCUCUUGUUCCCUUCUGGCACCACCACCCCUUAUAAGUGACCUCGUGCGCCAGGAACUCCGGCAACUGCUUCAAGGUCUCCGCCACAAGGCCAUCUGUGAGGGCAGGGACCAGGCUCAGGCUUGGGCCCAGUAUAGUCCAAGGGUCGUGCACUUUGCCUUGGAGGAGCUCAGAUGUCAUCCACCAGAGCAGGAGAUACUUGGAAUGAGAGCUGGUGUGCCCAGUAGCACCCAUGGGGACCUCAGUGUCAUCAGGGACCAGCUGAACGUGGCUAACAUCGACCAGGUUGCCAGGCGCCUGCGAGGCCUCCUGGAGGAGGAGUGUCGAACCUUGGAGAGGGAAAUCUCCAUCCUGCAGGGCUGCCUGGAAGAGGAGUACACACGGCCUUCCCAGCCCUCCGAGGCAACCCUUGAGCCCACUCUGGCAGAGCUACAGGAACAAAAGAAGUUCAUGGAACAGGAUCUGCAGGCCCCACUGGGGCCCUUCUUUGUCUCUCCCAGCCACAGGCCACGGCCAUCGGGCUGUCCCCUCCCCCUGGAUGCUAAAGCAAUGAGGUCCUCCAUUCGGCGUUCCAGACCCUUUCUUUGCCCCCACGAGGCUGCUGGAGCUUUGGUUGGGCCUCUCCAGUGCCACCUGCCUACACCUCCUUCAAAGUGCUGCCCCCCAUCUCGAGGCCAGGCCACUACCUGCCGCUGGGGACGGCAGCUCCGCUUUAGCACCAGGGAAGGGUCAGUUCCCACUGCAGUGUCUAAUGUGGCACCCAAGGCCCCACCUAAAGGGCUAGUCUCAAAGUAG